AGCGCCCCCACUCGCGCCUCACUGGCGCCCUCUCCCCACGCUGCAGCCAUGUGUCCCGGAGCCCUGCGAGCACCCGCACUGCAACUCCUGGCGCUGGGCGCGCUGCUGUGGCCCGCGGUCGGCGCCUGGAAGCUUACCAUUCUGCACACAAACGAUGUACACAGCCGACUGGAGCAGACCAACGAGGACUCCGGCAAAUGCGUCAAUGCCAGUCUCUGCGUGGGCGGUGUGGCGCGGCUUUUCACCAAACUGCAACAGAUCCGAAACACCGAACCCAAUGUGCUCUUGCUCGACGCCGGCGACCAGUACCAGGGCACCAUCUGGUUCACCGUGUACAAAGGCGCGGAGGUGGCACACUUUAUGAACGCCCUGUCCUACAAUGCCAUGGCCCUGGGAAAUCAUGAAUUCGAUAAUGGUGUAGAAGGACUGAUGGAUCCACUUCUUAAAACAGCCAAAUUUCCGAUUUUGAGUGCUAACAUUAAGGCAAAAGAGCCUCUAGCAUCUCAAAUAUCUGGGCUCUAUUUUCCAUACAAAAUUCUUAAUGUUAGUAAUGAACGUGUGGGAAUUGUUGGAUACACUUCAAGAGAGACCCCUUUUCUCUCAAAUCCAGGAAAUAAUUUAGUAUUUGAAGAUGAAAUCACUGCAAUGCAACCAGAAGUAGAUAAACUAAAAACUCUAAAUGUGACCAAAAUUAUUGCAUUGGGACACUCUGGCUUUGAAAUGGAUAAACUCAUCGCUCAGAAAGUGAGAGGCGUGGAUGUGGUGGUAGGAGGACACUCCAACACAUUUCUGUAUACAGGCACUCCACCUUCCAAAGAGGAGCCCGCUGGGAAGUACCCAUUCAUAGUCACCUCUGAAGAUGGACAGAAGGUUCCUGUGGUCCAGGCCUAUGCUUUUGGCAAAUACCUGGGCUAUCUGAAUGUUGAGUUUGAUGAAAAAGGAAAUGUCAUUGCUUCAUAUGGAAAUCCCAUUCUUCUAAAUAGCAGCAUUCCUGAAGAUCCAAAAAUAAAGGCAGACAUUAACAAAUGGAGGAUAAAAUUAGAUAAUUAUUCUGCCCAGGAAUUGGGAAAAACAAUUGUCUACUUGGAUGGCUCUACUCAGUCGUGCCGUUUUAAAGAAUGCAACAUGGGCAAUUUGAUUUGUGAUGCUAUGAUUAACAACAACCUUAGACACCCAGAUGAAAUGACCUGGAACCACGUGUCCAUGUGCAUUGUCAAUGGAGGCAGCAUUCGAUCACCCAUCGAUGAGCAGAACAACGGCACAAUUACCUGGGAAAACCUGGCUGCUGUAUUGCCCUUUGGAGGCACCUUUGACUUGGUCCAGUUGAAAGGCUCUACCCUGAAGAAAGCCUUUGAGCACAGCGUCCACCGCCAUGGCCAGUCCACUGGAGAAUUCCUGCAGGUGGGCGGAAUUCAUGUGGUAUACGAUCUUUCACAAAAACCUGGGAAUAGAGUUGUCAGCAUAGAUGUUCUUUGCACCAAAUGUCGAGUGCCCAUUUAUGAGCCUCUCAAAAUGGAUGAAGUAUAUAAGGUGAUCCUCCCAAGCUUCCUUGCCAGUGGUGGAGAUUCAUUCCAGAUGAUAAAAAAUGAAUUACUCAAACAUGAUUCUGGUGACCAAGAUAUCAACGUGGUUGCUGAAUACAUCUUAAAAAUGAAAGUAGUUUACCCAGCAGUUGAAGGUCGGAUCAAAUUUUCUGCAGGAAGUUAUUGCCAAGGGAACUUUUUUCUAGUAUUUCUUUCAUUAUUGGCAGUGAGCCUUGUUUUAUGCCAAUAGAAAAAAACUUCUCCUUGCCAUUAAUGCACAAAAUUACGUUUUUUUCAAAUGAGGUUCAAGUCUGUAUUUCCGGACCUGGCUUUGUGAUGGCACAGAACAUCAAUGUAGGCUCCUAGAAGCUGAAGUUCACAACGUUGUACAAAAAAGAAGCUGACAUUAUCACUCAAGGUCAACAAGUUCGCGAGACAGAAGAAAUAAAAAAAAGGAGAAA